AUGGGUUUCGGAUCUCUCUUCCGCAAGAAGAAACUCCUAAAUAAAACAACAACAUCAUCAUCACCAAACACCACCAUCACUACAAACCCUAUCAUCUCACGAACACCGUCGCUAACAUUGCAAUCACGUGCCCAAUUUAGGGAGGAAUUAGAGCACGUGUUCAAAAAAUUUGACGUGAAUGGUGAUGGGAAAAUCUCUUCCUCGGAACUGGGGUCCAUCAUGGGAAGCCUAGGGCAACCCACGAGCGAGGAAGAGCUUGAUAACAUGAUCAAAGAGGUUGAUUCCGAUGGUGAUGGUUACAUUAGCCUCGAAGAGUUCAUCGAGUUGAACACCAAAGGUGUUGAUCCUGAUGAGGUUUUGGAGAAUCUUAAGGACGCGUUUUCAGUCUUUGACAUUGAUGGUAAUGGCUCCAUAACCGCCGAGGAGUUGCAUAUGGUCAUGGCUAGCAUCGGCGACGAAUGCUCCGUCGACGAGUGCCGGAAAAUGAUCGGCGGCGUCGAUAGCGACGGCGACGGCAUGAUCGAUUUCGAGGAGUUCAAGAAGAUGAUGAUGAUGGGAUCUCACUUUGAAUCAAUGGGAAGAAUUAAGGGGUGA